UCAGCCUCCUUCCUCCACACGUAACGCAGCGCCGCCGCCGUGCCCGUGCCGGCGGCGUUUGCUUGCUCUGCUCUCCAUGCAAUUAGGCAGAUAUCACUGAGCUCCUCCCCGCCCGUGUUCGCGCCUGCAAUGCCAGCCUCGCCGUCCCCGCCCACUCGCUGCUUCUAUGCUCCACGCCGCACGGAGGCGGACACCGCCGCUCCCUGCCAGGCUCGCCGCCGCCUUCUUCGCCGCCAAGCCCCAGCCCCAGCCGCCCGCCCUGUCGCCGCAGAUCGUCGAGGCCGCCGUAUCCCGCUGCCCUUCCGACGCCCUCGCGCUCUCCUUCUUCCUCUGGUGCGCCCGCCGCCCCGCCUACUUCCACCCGCCCUCGUCCUUCGACCGCGUCCUCCCUGCCGCCACGCGCCUCGCGUCUCGCCUCGCGUCCCGCCUCGGCACCGCCCCCGCGCUCCUCCGCGAGCUCCAGAGCCUCGGCUGCCCCAUCAGGCCCCACACCUUCCUGCUCCUGCUCAGGCUCUACUGGCGCGGCGGCCUGUACCCGCUCGUGCUCCACCUGUUCGACGAAAUGCCCCGCUGGGGCUUCCACCACAACGCCUUCGCGCGCAAUGUCGUCCUCGACGUACUGCUCAGGACCGGCUGCGUCGAUGAUGCGUUGCGCUUCGUGCAGGGCAACCCGUCGCCCAACUACCUCACCUAUGCCAUUGUCCUGACUCAUCUCUCCAGAGCCAGGGAUUGGUCAGGGUUGCGCGUCUGUUUCACAGCUAUGCUGAGCCAAGGUUUUCUCCCCAGCGCCACUUCUCUCGCCUCGGUCUUUGCCUGUUGCAGUAAGGCUGGUACCAUGGCCGAGCUACAACAGCUGCUGUCCUAUGCGCUUGUCUCGGGCCAGCAGCUCAGUCCGGCCAUGUGGACGUGUCUCAUCGCUCGUAUGUGCAGUGAGGGAAGGCUAGAUGAGGCCUGUAAAACUCUUGGAAAUAUGGUGCGUUCUGGCUCUUCACCAACAGUGGUGACUUACACACCGCUUGUCAGAGGUCUCUUCCGAGCUGGGAGGCAUGACAUUGCCAGUGAGCUGCUGGGAUCCAUGGCAUCCGACGGUUGCACCCCAGACCUUGUUAUGUAUAAUGUUCUGAUGGACUGCAUGAUGAGGGAGAGGAGGUACGAUGAGGCCAUAUACAUCUACCUACAUCUUCAUGGGAGCCAGAUAAAGCCGGAUGCAUACACUUUGUCUACUUUGGUUCAGGUAUUGCAGUUGUCACGGAACAUAGAUCUUCUCCCUAGGUUAAUCCUGGGCUUGGAUAUCUCUUAUGAUCUUGUGGCUUGCAAUUCUAUGCUGAGUGCUCUGUGCAAGUCAGGGUUUCCAUCCGAAGCCCUUCAGUUCUACAUCGAUAUGAUUGGUUUGGGCAUCAGGCCAGACAGCUACAGUUAUGUUGGAUUGUUGGAUAGUUUGUGUCACUUGGGAAGGAUAGAUCAUGCAGUCAACCUCUACCGCAGUGUUGUCACAAGCAAUCCUGAUUCAGACGCUUACGUCCAUGCAGCCAUCCUCCGUGGCCUUGUUAGAAGGGGCCAGAACAUAAUGGCAUUUAGGAUUCUCAGGGAGGCUGUGCGUCAAAAUUAUGCACUUGAUACCGUGUGCUACACCAUUGUUCUGCAUGGUCUAUUCCGAGGUCAUUUUGUUCAAGAGGCUUGUGAUUUAUUUGACAAGAUGAAGGAUUCAGGUGUUGCUUCCAACACUUGUACAUACAAUGUAAUGCUUCGUGGACUGUGUAGAGCCAGGGAUAUGCUUGCAGUCACGCAGUUACUAACAGAAAUGGAAGGCGCCAAUGUUCACAUGGAUAGUACCUCAUUCAACGUGGUAGUUGUGCUCUUAGUCAAAUUGCAGCGCAUCAGUUCGGCAACAGCUUUGAUCAGAGAAAUGCUCAAUCUAGGCAUGAAACUUAACACCAAAACUUGCUGGUUACUUUCUCAAUCAAUUGGUCAUAGAUUCGUUUUGGAGGAUUCUAUCAGUGCUGAAAGUGAUGUGUCUGACUCAACAUGCGAUCUGCUUGUAUGCUCAGCUUCAUAGUCUACUUUUCUAUGGAACAAGCAUGCUGUUUAUGGUAUCUCCACUUUUGUGAUGUAAUUGAUACAAAAUAUAAAAUACUGAAGGCUGGAGAAAUUCUAAAUGAAUUUCUACCACACAGAGAUCCUUGCUAUAACAUUUUCCCUUGGAAGCGCCCAACAAAAAUUACCAUAAUUAUUGAAGAGAUGUUUACCUCGUAGAUGCAGGUUGGUGAGACAUGUGCAGUUUGAUUUAACACCGAGAAUGAGGCAGUCUGUUUUUGUCAAUAUUGGAUCUUUCCAUGAAACAAUGCUGAUGUACUAUAUUUCAAGAGGCUUACACCUAAAUGAUUUUGCAAUGCCGCCCAUGGACUAGAUUUGAAAGAAAUUUCAGGUAACAGUAAUGGCACAUGUUUUUAAGGAAAAAAGAUGGCACCUGUAAGGACUGAUGACAGCAGCUGGAAUCUGGAGCUUGCGGGUGAGUGGCCGCCAUGGUUUAGCCAUGAGCUCCUUGGGGUGCCCUGGUACUCCAUUUCUGCCAUCAUCGUCCACAUUGUCGUCUGGCCAAAUGGCAUUACCAUAGCCAUAUGUCCCCUUGGUCUCAAAGAGCCAGCGGUUAUGGUCAAACUCACCGGACUGGUUGUUCAUAGUGCCCUGCUUCACCAACGAAAGACGCCUCUCCAUCUUGCCCCCUGGCCCAUGUGGCAGCGAGAGAGCCCGUGUCAGCUCAUUGCUGGAGUUGGAGAGGACUUCUUCCCACUCGGUGUGCUUGUAAAGCUCUUUGCACCCGGGGCAGACACCGCCGCCACCCUUGACGGCGUCGGUGAAGCAGUCGACGCAGAUUUUGAAGUCACACUCACAGGGGAGGAUGUCCUCCCCACGGCCGUUGCGCAUGAUCUUGCUGUCGCAUCCCUCGACCAUGCAGAUGGAGCCCUUGGGGCCAGAUCGACCCAUGUCGGAGUCAGGGCCCUGCUUGUCCAUGACAUGGGCACGGGUUACGCUGUUGAAGCCGCCGGUGAAGAGCGAGCUGGAGACGUAUUGCUCGUCGGCCUUGGUGCCGUCCUCCUCCAUGGGCUGGUUGUCAGGCGUCAUGGGGAUGUGGACAUGGUAGUCCUGGAAGUCGACGCUGCUGAUCUCUGAGUCGAGGUCGUCGCGCGAGUAGCUGAUGAAGCGCCCAGACUCGGUUCGCCGCCCAAAGACCACCUGCGGCGCCGAUGUUGGUGCCGUCGGUGGCUUGCUGGGGCCGUGCGGCGGCACGCGGCUGGAGCCGCUGUUCUUGAGGAUUCCCUUGGACCCCAUGGCCUCCUCCGUAUGUGCUCUUCACUGUUGACUCUUCUUCCUCGUGAUGUUGUUGCUAUGCUGUUAUCUUGUGGCUGAUCUGCAGGAUGAAUAAUAUGCCGAAACAAAGGAAAACAUUGACAUUAGUCUCGCUGUAGGCCAAGACAUAUUUGGAAAGCACAGCAUAUAGGAAAUCAAAUCGUAAUCGGCAGAUCAUAACAAGCAAUAAACGCAGCCUGGGUGACGCAAAAACGAAAUUCAAAUGGAUGCAUGCAGGUUGUUUCCCUCUUUUUUUUCCUCCAGGAAAAGGGGGAGAAUAAAUGGCAAGAGUAUUUUGCUUGGUAAGGAAAGGAAAAUGAUGAAUCAGUAGAUUACAUAGAGGGUGCAUGCAAUCAGGAAGGCUGAUUGGGAAUGUAGAACGAGAGUAAAGGAAGGUUACCUUUGCCUCCUCAUCUGUUGUGGUGCGGCAAUGGCGAUGGAAUGGGAAGAAAGGUACUGGGGAGGUUCACGGCCAUGGCCAUGGCUGUAUUUGAAUGGUUCCAUCCAAUCAGCCAACCGGAGUGGAAUCGAAGAGGUGCGUCAAUACUGGGGAGGCGCCAAGGAGAGGGGCGCACGACUACUCGGUGCUCAUGCAUGAUGCAUACAUUCAUACUACUACUACAUGCGAUGCAAUCAUCAGUCCCGUUCAUACCGAUAGGGCCCAAGUCGUGCAGUGAAAACUGAGUCAACCCCCCCAACACACGGUGGGUAGCUUCGCGCAACAAACGUCCAGGCUCGUGGUCAAAGCAUCAAUCAAUGCAUCGUGCUCGCUACUCCGACUCCUCACUGACAUCACACACCCUGCAAUCCAACCGCCAAAUUCCAUUCAUGGACAAAUACGUAGAAAGGAAGAUAUGUAUAAAUAGAUUCAUUUCGAUACGCUGUACAUGCAAAUCAUGCAAUUUCAUGCCUGUCAUGAUUCUUUUUUC